UUGGCCAUUGGUUCGAUGGUGCCACCGUCAAUGUCCAAAAUGAUGUCGUUUUGCCUUCUAGUUUGCGUACUCUAUUCCAUAAGUAAGGAAAGUGGGAAACUGAUGUCCUCCUGCCCUCCCUCACUCCAGCCCAUCACACAAAUAGAGCUCGUAGUGGGCUUGAAGAUUUCAGAAGCAGAGCAAGGGUGUAAUUGUUUCGACAGCAUGGGAGCAUCAGAAAGCAGAGAUCAGAGCAGCAAUGGCACUGAUGACAGCAGAAGAAGAUCAGAUGAAAAUUCGUCGCAAAUCUCCACCACGUCCAUUGCAGUCGCCGGUGCUGUUGGGGCUGCAGUUGGUGCAGGCCUGCUCGCGUGGAACAGGUCCCGUGCUGCCUCCACCGAACCAGAAGACUCCCCUCAGAACAAAUCAUACCUAAUCUGGGGGUCAAACUCCAUGAUCCCAAACCCAAGAACAUCAUUGCAUUACGUUGAUGAUCAUGACGAUGAUGAUGGUGCUGAUCUUGGAGAUGAAGAUCGGUAUCAUCUCGAAGCAGCACAAAUACACAAGUGGGUGGCGCCUCCAAUUGGCGCGUGGAUGGUGAACACAGAUGGGUCGCAUAUCCAGGGCUCCCGUGGCGGGGCUGGAGGCAUAAUCAGGAACUACAAGGGACAGCCUAUUGCAGCGUUUGCGUGUGCUUUUGAGGAAGAAGAUGUGCUUGUCCACGAACUGCAGGCCAUCCUUCAUGGCAUCAAUUUGGCCCUGGAGAUUGGGGACCAGAAUCAGAUCAUAGUUGCCACGGACUGCAAAAGCGCCUACGAUGACAUAAACAUGCCGGAUCAGAUAGUAAAUCAAAAAAUCAAGAACCCAUUAGUCCGAGAACUGGUGAAACUUGUUAAAGUGGCCAUGAGGGGAUUUGAGCGCUGUACUCUAACCCAUGUUCACAGGAACUCAAACAAGGUGGCAGAUUAUUUUUCCCGUCUGUGCAGCGAGAUUGGAGAACAGAGGACACUGUAUCCAGGUGAGUUCACCGGUCCAGCUUGGAAGCUCAUUAAGGAAGAUGUCAAUGGCUUGAUUAAUUAAUAAUCAACAGUGCUAUUAUAUGCCCUUCUGUCUCAUCCAGCUUUGUUUUCUCUCUCUUUGGACUCUGUUUUUGUACAAGCGAAAUGCAUACGUUUGUCUCGUACACUAUGGGGAUGGUGAGAAGAGAUAUAUUUUACAUCCCCCGGUUGGGGGUUGUCUAUUGUCUAUCUAUGGUAGAAUCGGCCGGGGACCAUAAGAGGCCGUCGGUUACCAUUUAUUUAGCUCUGUUUUGUCUCUUGUGGACUCUGUUUUUGUACAUGCAACUGUUGGUUUGGGAGCCAAAUCUCUGUUGUGCUUUAUUUUGUUUUAAUAUAAGCUGUGUCCAUGUGUGUUUUAUGGUUACUAUAAAGUAAUAUCUUGUUCUGAAA